CUCUGCCAAGCUGUUGGGGUUUUUUAUGUAGCCUACAGCACCUCCACAAAUCAGCUUCUGCCAUGAAGUUGUUUAAAUUGCAGACUUUAAAAUCCUUAUGGACUCUGAAGCCUCCCAACAGGCCUGUCCACGGGCACCCCAGGCUGCUGGUCUCUGAUGUCUACUCUCAAUACGAGUCCAUCAGGAGGGGGGAGCAGGAAAUACCAAAGUACUUCAACUUUGCAAGUGAUGUACUGGACAAGUGGACUGAGAUUGAAAAGGCUAACAGGAGACCUCCAAACCCUGCCCUGUGGUGGGUAAACGGAGAAGGAGAAGAAGUGAGGUGGAGCUUUGAGGAGCUGGGGUGGCUGUCUCGGAAGGUGGCCAAUGUGCUGACUCAAGUGUGCGGGCUGCAGCAGGGGGACAGAGUUGUCGUGCUCCUGCCGCGCGUCCCGGAGUGGUGGCUGGUCAACGUGGCUUGCAUGCGAGCAGGAGUUGUCUUGAUUCCAGGAAUAUCCCAGCUGUCAGCCAAAGACAUAUUGUACCGGCUGCAGGCCUCGGGGGCCAAGUGCAUUGUGACCCAUGACAGGCUGGCACCUGCCGUGGACUCGGUGGCAUCGCAGUGCCAGCUCCUGAAGACUAAGCUCAUCGUGUCCAAAGGCAGUAGGGAGGGGUGGCUGAACUUCACUGACCUGUACAAGACCCAGUCUGCUGAGCAUUCCUGCGUGAGAACAAGGCUGCAAGAUGCAAUGACUGUCUUCUUCACCAGUGGGACCACAGGGUCUCCAAAGAUGGCUGAGCAUUCCCAGGGCAGUCUUGGACUCAGACCCCUUUUAAGUGAAAGAUACUGGCUGGAUUUGACUCCCUCGGACAUAAUAUGGAACACAUCAGACACAGGAUGGGUGGUAGCUUCACUGGGAAGUGUUUUUGAUCCCUGGACCUUUGGAGCAUGCAUCUUUAUACAUAAUCUACCGCAGAUUGAAGCAUCAACCAUCCUAAACACCCUCUGCAGGUUCCCCAUCGACACCCUGAUCGGUGCUCCCACGCUGUUCCGCAUGCUGGUGCAAAGUGAUCUCUCCAACUACAAGUUCAUGAAGCUGAAGCACUGCCUGAGUGGAGGGGAGCCACUCAACCCAGAAGUCAUGGAGCAGUGGAAAAGCAAGACUGGGCUGGAUAUCCAUGAAAUCUAUGGGCAGACUGAAACGGGAAUAAUCUGCUCUGUUUUUAGAGGAAUGAAGAUUAAACCUGGAUCAAUGGGGAAGGCAGCUCCCCUCCUGGAUGUUCAGAUCAUAGACAAAAACGCCAAGGUGCUGCCUCCAGGGCAGCAGGGGGAAAUUGCUGUCAGAAGCAAACCUAUCAGACCCCUUUGGUUGUUCUCUAAAUAUGUGGGUAACCCUCAGAAAACCGCCGCAAGCGAGCGUGGGGACUUCUACGUCACUGGGGACAAAGGCACCAUGGAUGAGGAUGGCUACUUCCAGUUUAUUGGAAGAGAUGAUGACAUCAUCAUUUCCUCAGGGUACCGCAUUGGACCGUUUGAAGUAGAGAAUGCCCUGAUAGAGCAUCCAGCAGUAGCUGAAACAGCUGUUGUGAGCAGCCCUGACCCUCUCAGAGGAGAGGUUGUGAAAGCAUUUGUAGUCCUGUCCCCAGCCUUUUCCUCCAGUGACUUGGAAGGCUUGGCCCGGGACUUGCAGGAGCACGUCAAGCAGGCUACUGCUCCAUACAAAUACCCUAGGAAGGUGGAAUUUGUCCAGGAGCUGCCCAAGACAGCCACUGGGAAGAUAAAGAGGAAUGAAUUGAGAAACAAAGAGUGGGGACGGGCGUAGCAUUGUCUGGAAGUGAAUGGAAUUCUUUCAGUCCACUGACACCAUCCGAACGUCUCUGGUCCAGCUGCCCCCUGCUGACUUGUGUGUGCUGAACACCUGAGCACCACAAGCUGCAGAUAGCAUCGGGAUGCGAUGUCUGUGCCUGCUCGCAGGGUUUGGACUGUCAGUACCGUAGUGGCAGCUCCUGAAGCACUGCUGACAGAGGGCACAAACCACACAACUCCAUUCUGGUGCUGCUCAUAGCCACAGGCUCACCAGGAUUUGGCUGCUGACCCAUGCCUGAGAUCAGUGGAGGAAUAGUGCUGGUGUUGAUUGUCUGCUCCAGGGUGCAGAAAGGGCAACCACUCGAGUGGUUCAAAUGCACUGUCCUUAGAUGUUCAAAGUGCCUGCAGCACUCCUGGCAUUUACUGCAGGUGGAAAGGCUCCUCCUUAUUGCUGCCACCAUCACUCUAGUUGAUUGGAUAGGGCUGGGUGCUAGGUUGGACUGGAUGAUCAUUGAAUCAACCAGGCUGGAAGAGAGCUCCAAGCUCAUUCAGCCCAACCUAGCACCCAGCCCUGGCCAAUCAACCAGACCAUGGCACUAAGUGCCCCAGCCAGGCUUUACUUCAACACCUCCAGGGGUGGCAACUCCACCACCUCCCUGGGCAGCCCAUUCCAAUGCCAAUCACUCUCUUCUAUGAUCUUUAGGCAGGAAGGGGAAGUCUUUUAGAGCUGUGCCUCACUGCCUCAUGUUCUAGAUCUCCUGCAGCACUAAAGUGAGAUUAGAGAAUCCCAAUUCUGAGACAGUCAACUAUUUUAUUCCCUGCAAGUAAACACUUUGCUUGUGUCAGUGACACCAUUUCUCUUCUGGCAACUGCUGGGAGGAGAGCAGUCCUCAAUAAAUGAAUGUUUCCUUCAG